AUGCAGAACCAAACAUCUCAGAAUCCGGCCUUGCCUCCGGUUGGACAAGUUCCUCGCUCGUUCACCCAAGGCGCACAAAUCAGAUCCAGGUUUCCCACUGUUACGGCCGCUUUUUAUCACCAUGCAGAGAGUCAUCGAGACGUCACUGCGGCUCGUGACCUCUCGGCACCGCAGGUUCGAGACAUCACAUAUGGCGAUCUUGCCCGCCGGGCCAACCAGUUGUCCAGAAAGCUUACCAGUCUCGGGGUUCAACCUGGUGACCGAAUUCCGCUUGUCGUCAAGCGAGGUAUUGACAUGCUUGUUGGUAUCAUUGCGAUCCUCUCUUGCGGAGCUCAAUACGUGCCACUCGACGGCGGUGUAGUACCUGACUCAACACUGCGAUUCGUACUCAAACAAGCCGGUGGAACACACGUUUUGUGUCUAAAGUCAACAAAGUAUCGGUUCGAGACACUCGGUUCCCCCUGCGAUGCACUUGUCAUUGACGAAGACUUGGGAGAAAACGAAGAUAAUUUGGAAGCCCUUCCAUUCCGUGACCUGGCCAAGCCGGAGCACGGGUGCUAUGUCAUCUACACAUCUGGAACUACUGGCACUCCGAAAGGAGUUGAUGUAACCCAUCAAAAUGUAACUAACCUUGUCUGCCUUUCGCCUGGCGAUCUGAGCAUCUCCACCGGGACACGUGUGGGUCAGGUCUUGAACAUCAGCUUCGACAUGGCCGCGUGGGAGAUGCUGGGAUGUCUUUGCAAUGGAGGAACUCUCGUUCUCAGAGGCUCCAACUGGGAACCAUUUUUGAUCUGUACACCAAGCAUUCUGGCAAAGUACGAUCCUCGAGAAUACUCCAACAUCAGAGUUGCUGCGACUGCCGGUGAACCCAGUUCUCAGAGACUCGCAGAUUUGUGGGCCACACAUGCAACCUACUAUAACUGCUGCGGACCAACAGAGACCACCAUUGUCAACACCAUGCAUCUUCACCAACCAGGAGAAGCUUUGACAAUUGGCAAGCCAACUCCUAACAAUACAGUCUAUAUUCUCGAUUCCGAUGGAAAGCCUCUGGGGAUUGGUGAGACCGGGGUGAUGUGGGCUGGUGGUCAUGGCAUCUCUCGUGGUUAUGUGUCUCUGCCGGAGAAGACUGCUGAGCGAUACAGGCUAGACCCUUUUGCCAACGAUGGCUCCAUGAUGUACAACACCGGGGACCUUGGUCGCUGGAGACAUGACGGCUGCAUUGACAUCCUCGGGCGAGUCGAUGAUCAGAUCAAGAUCAAAGGCUUCCGAGUCGAACUUGACGGUGUUACUUCAUCGAUCAACAGUUGUUCUGUCGUCUCAAAAGCCGCAGUACUGUUCAUCCACAACGAGAUCCAUGGGUUUGUUACGCCACGUAACUGCGAUCUUGACAUCAUUCAGGCCCACAUCAGAGCUCGACAGCCUUACUACGCCAUCCCUACCAAGUUUCAUUUCCUCGACACUCUGCCCCUGACUUUGAAUGGCAAGGUGGAUAAGCGAGCUUUGCAAGACUUGGUCACUGAUGCCGACAAGGAGGUGACGAGCAUCGCCAUCAAAGAGAUUGGCUCCCAGCAUUCUCUCUCUACGAGGAGCAACUCCUCUACCAGUGAACUCAAAACCGAGUCCUCUGCUUCUAGCUUCACAGAUGUGGACGAGAAACUUGAUCUUAGCCAAGACAUCCCUGUCAAGCGCUUGGCUCAACCAUACCGCGGUUUCACGCACCGCAUCGCCAUCGUCUACCGCUGCUUGUUCACCAUAGUCGGCCUGAUAAACAUCGCUGCAAUCGUCGUACUAUUUUUCACCGGACUCCAGAGGAAUUGGCUCAGCAACAUCACGGCUAUCAAUCUUCUUGUUGCCGUUCUCGCGCGUCAGGAAUUCGUGAUCAAUGUCUUGUACACAAUCACCUGCAACGUACCCAAAUACUGGGCCCUUGCCGUUCGAAAGCGCUGCGCGAGGAUCUUCCACCUCGGCGGGGUUCACUCAGGUGCCGCUGUUUGUGCGGGCGCUUGGCUUCUGGCUACCAACGUCAGUGACGAGGUUUGUCAGCUCACCGAGUGCUCUACUUGGGGCUACCAGUCCAUGGCCUCAAAGGUCGUAUCUUGGAUGCUCACCGGUCUCUUCACUAUCACGAUUGGACUUGCCUGGCCUUCAUUUCGGAAAACGCAUCACGACCUCUUCGAGAAGACGCAUCGUUUCGUUGGCUGGACGAUGCUUGGUCUCUUUUGGGUGCAGGUUGUACUUGGUGCCAAUGACGGAAGACCGGCGAACGUCUCACUUGGUACAGCUUGCGUUCGUACCCCCGGAAUCUGGUUGCUUGCCGUGGCAACCAUGAGCAUCGCCUCUUCUUGGAUGUUCCUCAGAAAAGUUCCUGUUGAGGCUGAAGUUCUCUCCAACCACGCUGUGAGGCUGCACUUUGGCUACACAGUCCCCGUCAAUGGCAGCUUUGUAAGACUUUCGAGGCGACCGCUUCUUGAGUGGCACUCCUUUGCCACCAUCCCGGCUCCAGAGAAAGUGGGAAACCAUCCCAAGGGAUUCUCGUUGGUGGUCUCGAAUGCUGGCGACUGGACAAAGAACUGCAUUGAGAAGCCACCCACUCACAUCUGGGUGCGCGGCGUUCCAACUUGUGGUGUGAUGCGGAUUGCCACUUGCUUCAAUAGGAUUGUUGUUAUUGCUACCGGUUCGGGCAUUGGUCCUCUACUUGGGCAUAUCCAGGAUCAGAGUUGCGCAACCCAGUUGAUCUGGUCUACCCCAAGACCCGAACAGACCUUUGGCAAACAGUUACUUGACAGUAUCAAGUCCAAGAUACCCAGCGCGGUGAUACAUGACACCAAGACCAUGGGUCGCCCGGACUUGGUCAAAAUGGGUUACAACAUGGUGAAGAGCUUCCAGGCUGAAGCCGUUAUUAUUAUCGCCAAUGAAAAGAUCACGAAAAAGGUGGUUUACGGACUUGAGACUCGCGGCGUCCCAGCCUACGGUGCCAUUUGGGACUCCUGA